UAGUUGGAGAAAUACUGGACAUCACAUUACAUACAAAAGAAGAACUGUUCAAUUCAUUUGGCAAAUUCAUCAUGGAAACAAACAGACUUUAGAUGUUAAUUAAAUGAAAAUUUAAAAUUGUACCUAUUGAAAAUGCAGCAAGAGAAAACUACAGCACAUAGAUGGAAACGACUACAACAGUCGUCUCAGCACCUUGAGACCAUAGGCGACAACGACCAUUGUGUACACACCGGUCUUACUGACAAUAACGUAGUGACGUCACCAUCUAUGCGACAACGACGCCAUAAUUAGAUACAACAACAACAACAAAAGCCAUAUUGUCACUAGCAGGCAGUAGAGCUUGAAAAUUUCGCGCUAAACGCAAACGGAGACCAUCAAUAUCGUGCUAUUUUUCUAUAGUUUUUCAUAUAGUUUUAUCGAAAGCAUGUGUCACUUGUGAUUUUUAUUCGGCAUGGUUCAGUGUGCUGCUUUCGGAUGCAAAGAGCGUCCGGGGAAAGGAAACCAUGGAUUUUUUAGUUUUCCCUCGGACGAUAUUACUCGUAAAAAAUGGAUCAAGGCAGUCCAUUCGAGGAGGAUAAUUGAUGGGAAAGUGGUUGAUUUCAAACCUAGUAAGUGUUCUAAAUUGUGCUCGAAGCAUUUUGAAGACAGUUGUUUUGUUCACCCUCCAAGUGUUAUGGCUAGUGUUGGAAUGGAGUUCAGGCUCUUGCUCAAAGCUGGUGCUUUUCCAACCAUAUUUCCUGAAACUGACAAGUACAAAGCUUCAAAGAAACGGCCACUGAAUCCCAACGACCUUGGACCAGUGAAGCAAAAACGAGAGAAGUAUGGGGCGUUUGCCAAAAGGAACCAGAAACCGUUCACCAAGAUGAGUUCAUCAAAGACAGCUUUGCAAGGUUACAAAGUGUCAGAAAAUGGUGUGCUUAAAGAUUUUAAGAUUGAACUAUUGGACAAUCCUAGCUUUGACUCAAGUAUGAGAGUUAUAAAAAGUAUAUAUAUAAAGAACAUAUCAGAUUUAUCACAUGGGAGUUUACAGAACACAUCAGAGCUAUCACAUGGGAGUUUACAGAACACAUCAGAGCUAUCACAUGGAAAUUUGCAGAACAUAUCAGAGAUAUCACCUGUGGAUGAACAGAACAUAUCAGAUAUAUCACAUGGGAAUACACAGAACAUAUCACAUGGUAAUGUACAACAGCCUGAGAUCAAAGUCUCUGAACAAUCUUUACUCACCGAGUUUAAGAUUGAAAUAUCCGAAGAUUCUGGCUUUGACACUGUAAGCUCAAGUAUGAUGGUUAAUAAAGUUUGUCAUAUAAAGAACAUAUCAGAACUAUCGCAUGGGAAUUUACCAAACAUGUCAGAGCAAUUAAAUGGGAAUUUUCAGAAUGUGUCAGAGAUAUCACAUGGAAAUGAACAAAAGCCAUAUAUUACUACAUCUGAUAAUAAACAGUUUGCUGAGAAUACAAGUGCAAUGAAUUUGAUGAUGACUUCUUUUGCCUUCAAGACAGAACAGAACAACUACUGUGAUGGACCUUCCUAUAAUUGUGAAAACCUCAAUGGAGAUGAUUGCCUCUUAAGAAAUGUUUCAUCUACAGUCAAGUUGGAUGAACACUCAUCAUUUCCUAAACAGCUGCUGGUUAGCAGAGAAAAUGUGGAAGGUCCCUGCUUGCAUUUUGAGGUAACAUCUGAUGCUGGGUCAACCACUGAAGAUGCUGACGUCUGUGUAGAUGAUGAUAUCAACGAAAGUCAAGAGACCCCAUGUUUACUGCUCCAAGAGAAUGAUCAGAAUUUUGAAAAAGAUACUAGAGGUUGUGUUAAUUUAGGUGUGGAAUUCCAGAGAUGGUCGCAGUUAAAACAUCAGAACAAUUGCAAAUCGCAUCAUGCUUUUGCAAAACUUUUAUUGGACAAGUUCAUAGAGUGGGAAGAUGAAACAACAAAACGCGUUGGAACAGGUAAUAAAAACACCAACACUGAUGCUGAGAAAAGCCAAACCAGUGGGUUCAUUAUGUCUGGAGAAGAAACCACAAAGCAUGGUGGAAUAAGUAAUAAAAACAGCAGCGCUAGUGCUGUCCAAAGCAAAACCAGUGGGUCAAGUUCCAAGAAGUCGCCCUAUGUGGGCUGCACACUGAGCGGUCUGCCCAUCAUGCAGGCAUUCAAAGCCCAGUUCACAGAGCCCACGGGAGGGUCCGUGUCACAGAGAUGUGGUAUAUUCCUUAUAGUUCCGUUUGUUCCGGCAACUGGAUCCAAUGUGGUAGAUAUGACCCCGCUGUUAGCAACCAGAGAAGCUGUGGUAGACUCCAGUGUUUACCUACGAGAGUUGAUGUCAGAUAAAGCAGUCAUUGAGAAUGAACAUAUUGAUGCCACCAUAGACAACAAAAACCUGGAAAGAAAAUGUAAACAAGAUAUCAUUAAUAAGAAAGAUCUGGAUGAUUUAUUGAGUGAUACAUUGACGCUAGAAGCCAUUACAGAUGCCACCAGUAUGACUUUACAAGCUCCUAACAUGAACAAUUGGGCGAAGAAAAGGAAGCGAAAAAUGUCAACCACUUUUGAAGACCCUAAAUGUGAAAUAUCUGAUGAAAACCCGUAUUUAGGACUGAAUGACAAAGAAUGUGACUUUGAAUUAUCAGAUGAAAACAGUGACUCUGCCUUGUCUGACAAGGAGGGUCAGUCCAUUAAUGAAAGCUGUCAGAAAGAAAUGAAACUGCUGGAAAACUUCAUUCAGAACAAAUCCAAAGUAAGAUACCUUGAUGAAGAGGAUGAAAAGCUUGAUAAGAAGUUUGAGUUUCGAAGAAAAAGUACACGAUUAAGAUCAAAGGGCUAUCGACCUGACUUUAAAGCUCUGGAAUUACCAGAUGAUUCAGACGAAGAAACAAAUGAUAAACAUUUUGGUGAUUUGGCAAAAAAUGGUUCAAGUGAAGAUGAUAUUAUCGUUGAUGACAUUACAGAUACUAAAAUGUCAGAGACUGAAGAAGACCCUGACUUUGAAAUAUCUGAUGAAAACCCUGACUUUGGAGCAUCUGACAAAGAAUCUGACACUGAACUAUCAGAAGCCGACCCUGACUUUCAAUUGCAGCUUAAUAGUGAAGAUGAUGAAUUAUUUGAAUCCAGAGAUUAUACAAUUAAACAGAAAGUUGUAUCAUCUAAGAAUCCUUGUGCCAGAAAAGUACCCAAAGUUAAAAAGAAAAAGAUCAUGAUAGAAACAUGUGUUGGAAUCACAGAUGACAUGAAAAUGAAACUUAAAAGUGAGUUGAAAUGGAAAUCAAUAAAGCUUGAAGACCAUGCAGACAAAUACACUGUUGUGAAAGUACCAUCUGUUUCUCAGAAAGAUCGGAAUCUUGAUGUUUUUGAGGAACUGUUUUCAUGUUUAGUUUGUAAAGGCUUCAAAGCACAGGACAAGACAGCGUUUGAGGAACACAUUGAAGAACAUGUGAAUGGAAUUCUUCGCUGCAGAAUUUGUGACUAUGAAUCCAACAACCAAGCUGAUGUAAAAAAGCAUCAAAAGGAUGCUCAUCCUAACUUGACAAAGAGGUUAGUCAUCAUGGGUUAUAGCUGUGAACUGUGUGGAGUAGAAUUCACAGGGCUAGAAGCAUAUAGAAAUCACAUGGCUAAACAACACAAUGAAGCUAGGUGGAAUUGUAGCCAGUGUGAAGCUGUUUAUUUCAAGCAGAGUGAGCUUAAAAAACAUAAGUGUGAAGUUCACCCCGAAAUUAUGGCAUACUGUAAAAAGUGCAAGUUGCGUUUCUUAGACAUGACUAAGGAUUGUUAUGAGCAACAUGUAGCAAAUUGCCAAGGCGCAUCAGAAGACAAUGUGAAAAAAGGCUGGCUUUGUCAUGAUUGUGGAAAACUGAUCAACUCUAAGAAUGAUCUCACUCAACACAUAAAACAUGUGCACUGCAACAUUCGAGACUUCCAGUGCCCAAAAUGUUCCUACACUGCAAAAUCUUCAAGCAAAAUCAAGUAUCACAUGAGGACUCAUGAUGGUAUCAAACCGUACAAAUGUGACCAAUGCACAAUGAGCUUUGUUCAGCCGUUCCAGCUGACCUCCCACAUGCGCACGCACACAGGGACCAAGCCAUUUAAGUGUGACCAAUGCAGCUAUGCGGCUGCGUGGAAUGUUCAGCUUAAGGAGCAUCGGGGAAUCCACAGCUUACCGACUGCCAUCAAGUGUGUGGCCUGCAAUGUCCUGUUCAAGAACGCUAAAGUGCUGAAUGCUCACAACAAGAAGGAGCACCCCAGUUGAUGCCAUUUGAGCCUGUUCUGGGCAAACUGGGCUUAAUGCAUCUAUGUAAAGGAUAAUCCCAGAUAAGCCUGUGUAGUCUGCACAGGCUAAUAAGGGAAGACACUUUGGUUUUAUGGAAUUGUUCUAAACAAAAAUAAAGUUUGGGCAAAGAGUUUUGUUUCUUUUUAGCCUGUGCGGACUACAGAGGCUGAUUUGGGACGACACUGCGCACAUGCAUUAGGCCCUGUUUUACCAGAAAGAGUCUCAUUUAAUAUAAAGGCUGUGCUCCAAAAGAACAUUGUUACUUACCUUUUAUUGUCAUAAAUUAAAGCCAAAAGAAACUGUACAAAUCAUAUUUAAAUGAUUUGUACUUUUUCCUUUGGCUUUUAUUUGUAUACCCCCAUUGCCAAUGGUAAUGGGGGUAUCCAAAUAAUAGCCAAAAAAAAGGUACAAAUCAUAUUUUAAUGAUUUGUACAGUUUCUUUUGGCUUUUUAGCUCACCUGUCACAAAGUGACAUGGUGAGCUUAUGUGAUGAAAUCUGGGUUGGGAUUGUAUUUGGGUCAUCUGGGGUUAAAAACUAGGUCACUAGGUCAAAUAAGAGAAAAACCUUGUGUUGACAGUAGAGGUCACAGUUUUCAUCCAAUCUUUAUAAAAUUUUAUCAGAAUGUUUAUCUUGAUUAAAUCCGGGUUGGGAUUGUAUUUGGGUCACCUGGGGUCAAACACUAGGUCACUAGGUAAAAUAAUAGAAAAACCUUGUGUAGACAAUAGAGGUCACAGUUUUCAUCUUAUCUUUAGGAAAUUCGGUCAGAAUGUUUAUCUUGAUGAAAUCUGGAUUGGGAUUGUAUUUGGUUAGUCAGGUGAGCGAUUCAGGGCCAUCAUGGCCCUCUUGUUUUUGUAUACUCCCAUUACCAUUGGUAAUGCGGGCUAUAUAAGAGUUUGUCAGUCUGUCCCAAAAUUUCAUCCGAUCUUCACCAAACUAGGUCAGAAGUUGUAUCUUUGUAUUUUUGGGGGGAGCAUAAAGUCGCCGCUUCGUCUGUCCGUGUGUCCGUCCGUGCACAAUUUUUGUCCGCGCUAUUUCUCAGCAACUAAUGACCAGAAUUUAAUGAAACUUUAUGGGAAGCUUCACUACCAAGAGAAGAGGUGCAUUUUAUCAGCCACUUCUGGUCGGAUGAUUUUUCACAGAGUUAUUGCUCUUUGAAAUUUUCCAUUAACUUUACAUAUGGUGCAAUUCUUGUCCCCAAACUACUGACUAGAAUUCAAUGAAGCUUUAUGGGAAGCUUAACUACCUUGAGGAGAUGCGCAUGUUAUUUGUGGGUUCUGGUUAGAUGAUUUAUUUAGAGAGUUGUAGCCCUUUGAAAUUGUUAAGUUGCUAAACCAUCCUUCGUAUUAUUUUGAUCAAAGUUAUGCCCCUCAAGAUGUUUCCUUUUAUCUUAAUAUAUAGUGCAAUAUUGUGACAAAAAACAUUUUGGGAGCAUCAUCCGUCUCCGACAGUUUCUUGUUUCAUAAUUGUAAUGCCAGUAGAAUUGUCACCCAUACAUUAAUCUAAGGGUUAAAAUUGUACAUGUCAUAUAGAUCGUUCUGUAGUGGAAAUGUUUACAAUUAUCACAUGUUUUGUCAUUACAAUUUGCCUAGAAAUUAAAUAUUGAUGUGUCAUAAAUUACUUUAAACAAAAGUAUUAUUUUCAUAACUGAUUGUUUCAGAAACAAUCCGGCUGCAUGUCUGUAUUUAGUUUGUAAUACAUCAAAGUCCUGAAUAUGUUAACAUAUAAAUUGUUUUAUGUCAUCAACGGAGCUUUUUUGUAUGCCCUUGAAUGUCAGUAUUAAAUAUGAAACAUUUUUUAUGGUCAACACUCUUAAAGCCACUUUCAUUACCAAUGGUUUCAGUGGUUUAAAGCAUUGCUGCUUGAGUUGGGCAGUUCUGUGUGUGACUUAAUUGAAACAUUGUGAACAAGAAAGAACUCACAUUUUUUUGCAUAAUCAUUUUGCACCUUGAUCGGAACUUUUGUUUUUAGCUCACCUGAGCACAACCUGCUCAUGGUGAGUUUUUGUUAUCGCCUUUUGUCCGUCGUGCGUCGUCCGCCGUGCGCCAUCAACAUUUGCCUUGUUAACUCUCUAGAGGCCACAUAUAUUGUCCAAUCUUCAUGAAAUUUAUUCAGAAGAUUGGGCUCAAUGAUAUCUUGGACGAGUUCGAAAAUGGUUACGUUUGCUUGAAAAACAUGGCUGCCAAGGGGCGUGGCAUUUUUCCAUAUAUGGCUAUAGUAAAACCUUGUAAACAUUUAUUGCAUAAUCUACAUGAAAGUUGGUCAGAAGAUUUAUUCCAAUAAUAUCUUGGACGAGUUCGAAAAUGAUGCCGGUUGGUUGAAAAACAUGGCCGCCAGGGUGCGGCGCAUUUUUCCUUAUAUGGCUUUAGUAAAACCUUGUUAACACUCUAGAGGCCACAUUUAUUUUCCGAUCUUCAUGAAACAUGCGCAGAUGAUUUGUCCCAAUGAUAUCUUGGAUGAGUUAAAAAAUGGUAACCUUUGCUUGAAAAACAUUGCUGCCAAGGGGCGGGGCAUUUUUCCGAAUAUGGCUAUAGUAAAAUCUUGUUAACACUCUAGAGGCCACAUUUAUUGUCCAAUCUUCAUGAAACUUGGUCAGAACAUUCAUUCCAAUGAUAUCUUGGACGAGUUCGAAAAUGAUGCCGGUUGGUUGAAAAACAUGGCCGUUUGGGGCGGGGCAUUUUUCCUUAUAUGGCUAUAUAUGGCUUUAGAAAAGCUUGUUAACACUGUAAAGGCCACAUUUAUUGUCCAAUCUUCAUGAAACUCGGUCAGAAGAUUCAUCCCAAUAAUAUCUUGGACGAGUUCAAAAAUGGUGCCCUUUGGUUGAAAAACAUGGCCGUCAGGGGCGGGGCAUUUUUAUGUCCCCCACUAUAGUAGUGGGGGACAUAUUGUUUUUGCCCUGUCCGUUGGUCUGUUGGUCUGUCUGUUGGUCUGUCUGUUUGCGCCAACUUUAACAUUUUGCAAUAACUUUUGCUAUAUUGAAGAUAGCAACUUCAUAUUUGGCAUGCAUGUGUAUCUCAUGAAGCUGCACAUUUUGAGUGGUGAAAGGUCAAGGUCAAGGUCAUCCUUCAAGGUCAGAGGUCAAAUAUAUAUGGCCAAAAUCUCUCAUUUUAUGAAUACUUUUGCAAUAUUGAAGAUAGCAACUUGAUAUUUGGCAUGCAUGUGUAUCUCAUGGAGCUGCACAUUUUGAGUGGUGAAAGGUCAAGGUCAUCAUUCAAGGUCAGAGGUCAAAUAUAUGUGGCCCAAAUCGCUUAUUUUUAUGCCCCCCUUCAAAGAAGAGGGGGGUAUAUUGCUUUGCUCAUGUCGGUCUGUCUGUCGGUCGGUCGGUCUGUCCGUCCACCAGGUGGUUGUCAUACGAUAACUCAAGAACGCUUGGGCCUAGGAUCAUGAAACUUCAUAGGUACAUUGAUCAUGACUCGCAGAUGACCCCUAUUGAUUUUGAGGUCACUAGGUCAAAGGUCAAGGUCACGGUGACUCGAAAUAGUAAAGUGUUUUUUUUAAUGAUAAUUCAAGAAUGCAUACGUGGCCAACAGGGCACACUCUGAACAAUAUAACUGAAGCAAUUGGUCUGUAAUCCUAAAUCUAUAAUUAUCAGUCCAAUGAAACAUCAUCCUUUUAGUAAAAUACAGUGGAUCAGUAAAAAUAUUAUCAGAAUAUGAGAUUUUUUGUAUAUUUUGUAUAUUAAAUAUUGUAUUAAUGUUUAA